AUGGAAGACGCGCAUAUUUCGAGCUUCGUGGACAUCACGGGAUCCUCUGCGAACGUGGCGCGGGGCUUCCUGGAAAUGACCAAUGGUGACCUCGAGCAAGCCAUUCAACUCUUUUUCGAGAAUCCUGAUCUCCAACACAGCAUCAACUCUGCCGCUGCUCAAGGAGGCCCCACAAGCGCAACCUCUAGGCCACGCCAGUCAGCACGAGAGGACGAACACGGCGUGAUUCAUAUCGAUAGUGACGAUGACGACGCGGACAACGAUCUGGAUCAGGCAGACAACGUACAAGCGGUAGCUCGAACAGCACAGGAAGAAGAGGAUGCGGCAAUGGCUAAGAGGCUCCAAGAGGAGCUUUUCUCAGAGAACCCGGGCGGCGUAGAGGGCGUCCGGUCCCCCAUCAGGAGCACAACAGAGACCUUGGUGGCACCUCUUCCCGCCUGGGGAUCGGGCUUUGGGGGAGCGACGAUGAUGUACAGUCAGAACUCCUUGAGCAGCUUCGCCGGCGGCAAGCCCAAGCUCACUCCACCCGAGGACCCAAUCCCUCAGCGUCUCACCGACCUGUUCCGGCCGCCUCAUGAUAUCAUCUCUCGGCUUACUUGGGAUGAGGCGCGCGACGAAGGGAAAGACGCCAAAAGGUGGAUCCUCGUCAAUAUUCAGGAUCUUAGCGAUUUUAACUGCCAGGCUCUAAAUCGAGAUAUCUGGAAGGACCCCGCCGUCAAGGAGUUGGUGGCAGAAAAUUUUGUUUUCCUUCAGUACUCUAAGGAAGACGUUCUUGCGCGGGACUACAUUACCUUCUACUUUCCCAACCACGAGAACCCUCAAAACUAUCCUCACGUCUCAAUCGUCGAUCCCCGUACGGGUGAACAGGUCAAGGUCUGGAGUGGGACCCCUUUCCCCACAGCGUUGGAUUUCCAUGGCCAGCUUGUCGAGUUUCUCGAUAGGUACAGCCUCAACGCCAACAGCAAGAACCCCGUUGUCAAGGUGAAGAGCAAGCAGCCAAAGUCUGUUGACGUGGAUCGGAUGACAGAAGAAGAAAUGCUCGAGAUGGCUCUCCAGAAUAGCUUGGCGCCUAACGGCAGCGAGGAACAGGCCCAAAGGUCCAAUAUCGUUGACCCGGAUUCGUUAACAAAGUCGCCGCUGCCCACGAGCGGCGAGGGUCCCACGUCGCCGUUUAGGAAUGCCACUGCCGAACCGGAGGAACUCAGUCCUAGCCAGGGUGCCUUCGCAGCCAUCUCGAGCUCGAAUCCCCACGCCGAACCGGAGAACGUACCGGCGACCACCACGCGCAUUCAAUUCCGUCACGCCACGGGUCGAAUCAUCCGUCGUUUCAACACGCAGGACCCUGUUCGUCGAAUCUAUGAAUGGCUCAAGGCGGAACCGAUGGAGGGUAAAGAAGGCGUCGAGUUCGAGCUCAAGAAGAUGCCGCAGGGCCAGGACCUAAUCGAAAACCUGGAGGAUACGAUUGAAGAAGCAGGUUUGAAGCAAGGAACUGUCAUGAUUGAGUUUCUUGAGUAA